AUGCCUUGGGCAGUUGUGUACUAUAGGCCCUGUAUUUCCAAGUGGCGACAUGCAGAUUUCGCUCAAGCGUCGCUUUGCUGUUGUUGGGAGCGCCAGAAGCCCCCGGAAGAUUUGCGGCCUCCACGGCCUCCCGCUCGUGCAGGUCCAGCCCACCUCGAGCCCUUGGCAAGCGCAGCAGCAGACGACAUUGACGAUGAUGAGGAGAUAGACGUGCGGCUCUGCGCCAGGAAUACGUUCCUGCAGUAUCGCCCGGUGGCAAAUUGCGAAAUGCGCAGCCGCCGCGUGCCAAAAAGUAUGCGACCGUGCAGAAAGACCGAGAGAGUCAAUGGCAUGGCGGCUGGCAACAUGGGGGAGAAUGCUGGCGACCAUCCUCCCAUAGAUGAUGCUUACGAGCCAUUCUGA